AUGCUCGCCGACGCCGGAUACGACGUCUUACUCGGAAGCCAGCGGGGCUGCGCUUACUCCAGGAGGCACAAGAAGUGGACACGGCAGGACCCACGGUACUGGCGAUACACGCUGGACGACGUGGCGCUGUACGACAUGCCGGCGCUGGUGUCGAUGGCGCAGCCGCUGUGGGGCGAGCGGCGGCUCUUCUACGUGGGCUACAGCGCCGGCACGCACUCGCUGUACGCCCUCCUGCAGCUGCCGCCUGACCUUCGCCCCAGCCUCAGGGCCGCCUUGCUGCUUGCGGCCGCCGUCCUCUUCACCAGGCACCACAACCCACUCAUCAAGGCGCUGGCCUCAUUCCCCGACCGCACGCUCGACGCGCAACUGCUGAGCCGUAAGAGUUCGCUCAACUUCGGCGUCUUCGUCAUGCCGCCGGAAGACUGGGACCACUUUGACUACGUCGCGAACACGCAGGCGCCGCGUCUCAUCUACGACCGCAUACUGGGCGUGAUAGCCGGCUUGUGA